AUGUCAUUCGAUAUUCAUUGGAGUAAUUUAGAGUCUGAUACAAGGCUUAACGAAUCCAUAAAGAAUCACCUCAACACCUACCUAGAGUCUAUCAGUCUACCGAGUUAUGUGUGUAACUUGAGAAUACUUGACUUUAGUCUAGGUAAGACAGCCCCCAAUAUUACUCUUAGGGAGAUUUCAGAUCCAUUAGAUGAACUCUACAGAGGAUUAAAUGAAGAUGAGCCUGAUAGUAUAACACCGUCACCUAAUGAUAUUCAAUUCUUGGUAGAAGUAGAAUACAAGGGAGAUCUUCUAGUGACAUUGGCAGCCGAUCUAGUGCUAAACUAUCCAAGUGAUAAUUUCAUGACUUUACCUGUGAAGCUUACCAUCAGUAAUGUUGGUUUGCAUUCCCUUUGUCUAGUAGCCCAUUUAUCUAAACAUCUUCUAAUAAGCUUUCUGUGCGACAUUAGCGAUGUGGAUUUAGAUGGUAAUGAGUCUCUGCUGGAUCCCAAAGGACAUGUUCUUUCUCCUAGAAGAUCUCUAGAGAGAAUAUCAAUUAUUAGAAAUAUGAAGAUUGAGACUGAAAUCGGUCAGCAACAUAGUGGUGAAGGUUCAGUACUUAGAAGUGUAGGAAGGUUGGAACAAUUUCUCCUGGAAAUAUUCAAGGAUCUGUUACGAAAGGAAGUCAGUUGGCCCAGCUGGAUUGAGCUAGAUUUUAACGACGAUAAUGAAGAGGACCUCCAACAAUCUAAGGAUACUCCCACGACUGCUAACACUGGCACUACUACUACCAAUUGA